UUUUGUUUUAUUCAAAUUCUGAUUUUUUUCUUUUUUUUUUCAGUUUCUCCAAUGGUGAUUCAAAUGUUUCCAAUUUAUUUUCGGUAAUGCAAGAAUCAAUAAAACUCUGGAUUGACAAUGCUGAUGUUGUUACACCAAUUUUAAAAUUGUUGGCAGAAUUAGUAAUGAAUAGACAAUCGAGACUACAAUAUGAUAUGCAAAGUUGUAUGGCUGUUGUUUUGUUUAGAAAUAUUGCUAAAGUUAUUUGUGAAUAUGGUACUAGAUUGCUUUCAUUACCUCCAGUUCCAAAAGAACACCAUUAUAAACAACGUAUUAAAAACACUGGUGUUUGUUGUCAAAUAAUUAAAAAUGUUUUGGCUGGGAAUUAUUUACCUUUUGGUGUUUUUUAUAUUUAUGGAGAUACUUGUAUGACUGAUACUUUGGAUAUUACUUUUAAAUUAUUUUAUAAAUUACAAGAAGAAAAUUUUUUGGUUUAUCCUAAAUUGACACAAGCAGUUUAUGGUUUUCUAGACAUUGUGACUAAGGACUGCACGGCAUACAUUUCAAAAAUGGAAGAAAUUUAUUUUAUUGCAAUAUUUCGAGCUAUUCAUCGCGGUAUUUGUUCUGUAGGUAAGACAAUUUUUUACUUGGCAAUAGUUUUUUGGUUCCAGGAUAUGUCAACAACAUUUACUAAUAAUUUGGGAAUUAAUAAUAAUUUAUCGUCAUUUUCAUCUUCACCUUUCUCCAAUAUUUCUUUUGCUGGUGAGGAGUGGGGGCAAUUGUUUAUUCACUCAUUUUUAUUUUCUUUUUAUUUUGUUAUUUCUUUAAAAAUCUCUUUAAUAAUUUCUUUUUAUAUUUAA